AUGGCCAGUGUUUUGGUUCCAGAUGUGCAAGCAAUCCCGCAUUUUGAUGUUGCAGAUGUGACAGGCAUUGCAUCAAAAUGGAAAAGAUGGCGUCGGGCAUUCGAACUCUACGCUAAAGGCAAAGGCGUAAAGGAAGCUUAUCAAGCUAAAGCGUUGCUUCUCCAUACAGCGGGAAUGGAAGUGCAAGAUAUAUUCUUUACUUUACCGGAGGGAGAAGGAGAGGAUGAGUACGCCAAAGCCGUGAACGCCUUGGACAAAUACUUCAAACCUCAGGCAAAUGUUCCGUACGAGAGGUCUGUAUUUAGAAGUAUGACUCAGUUAGAACAUGAAACUAUUGAACAGUAUAUUACUCGCUUACGCCAGAGAGCAGAAACGUGUGAAUUCGGGAACCGGGAUGCGAUUGAUGAGAGAAUACGUGACCAAAUCAUUGACAAGUGUGUUCGUCAUAACUUACGCCGGAAAUUACUAGAAAAAGGUAGGAACCUUACCCUUACUCAAGUCCGAGAAAUCGCAAGAGCCCUGGAAGACUCUGAGAGGCAAGCCACGUCAACUGAAGGUCGCGCGCAAGGGGCCAUAACCGGUGUUGUACACAAGGUCAGUGUACAAAACAAGAAACAUUUUGCGAAAAAGACAAACAGUAAAUGUUUUAGUUGUGGUUAUGAAGGACACUUGCGGAAUGACCCCAAAUGCCCUGCAAGGGGAAAGAAGUGUCAUAAGUGUAAGCAGACUGGACAUUUUGAGAAAAUGUGUAAAACCAAAGACCGUGGAGAAAAGCGGAAUCCGAAACCAGGGAAAAUUCAUCACGUUACGGACCAGUCAGGCCAGAGUGAUGAAGACAAAGUGUACGCAUUUCGCGUCCACCAAAAUUCUGUGUUAAAUGACAGCCCGGUUGUGAACGUUGGUAAUGUUGACCUCAGCAUGAUUAUUGACUCAGGGGCGAGCUGUAAUAUAAUGGGAAUGCCAUUAUGGAACUAUCUGAAGAAAAACCACAUAAACUGUGUUUCGUCCAAAGUUGAGAAACAACUCUAUGCUUAUGGAAGUCAACAACCUCUGAAAGUGGCUGGGAUCUUCACAGCAACUGUGAAAUACAACCAAACCGUCAUUCCAGAUGUGGAAUUUGUGGUCAUUGAGGGAGAAGGACAAGCCUUACUUGGUCGAGAUACAGCUGUGCAGUUGGGCGUGUUACAUAUCGUUAGCAGUGUUAGUGAAGCUGUCAAUCUGGACAACAGAACUGUUUUUGAGAAAUACCCUAAUGGCUUCAAAGGUGUAGGAAAGCUGAAAUCCUUUCAACUAGAAAUACCAAUCGACCCAGAUGUUGAGCCAGUAAUACAGCCUAUGAGACGUAUACCCUACAGUUUGCGUGACAAACUCGACAGGAAGUUGGAUGAGCUACUCAAUUUGGACAUCAUUGAACGCGUUGACGAGCCAUGUUCGUGGGUGUCUCCAGUUGUUUGUGUACCCAAACAUUCAGGUGAUGAUAUUCGACUAUGUGUGGACAUGCGUCAGGUCAAUACUGCUGUGCAACGAGUCCUCACCCUAUUCCGACAAUUGAUGAAAUUUUACAUGAAAUGA